GGAAUCGUGGAGUAUGCUGAGAUUUGCAAGCUAGCCCGAAAAUCUAUCCAAGAAGAUUUGCGACAACGUCAUAUUCAAAUAUUUCGUCAAGCCAUCAAGUCCGGACGCCUUCGACGUGGGCGCAUGCAAGCUUUACACGCAAGAAGAUCUUUGACAAUCCUGAAAGAAACCACCUCCUCCCCUCCUAGCGACCCCUCCCCAUCAGAUGAACCUUUUCCUGAUCAUGUGUCGCAGUCAGUGAAAGCAGUGAGAAAUUUUUAUAACGCACUGUACCACUCCUCCUUCGGCCCACCCACUCCACCAUCAGGCCAAAUAAAUCUGCAGGUCUACAAUAAUGAAGUGCAAAUGGCAAUGAAGAGAAGCAAAGCACGUUCAGCUGCUGGUUCCGAUGGCAUUCAAUCCCCUUCUCUUCGUGCUCUUUCACAAAUACUCGCCUUACCCAUAACACAUUUUUUCAACAACAUGAUAAGGACAAGGUUGUGCCUACAAGAAAAGUCAAUUCUACCACCGGAGCAGGCUGGUUUCCGCAAGCACUUCUCGACCAUAGAUCAUAUUCACACUAUUAAUAUGAUUACCGAGAAAUGUCACGAGUUCAAUAUAGAGCUAUGUGCCGUUUUCGUCGAUUUUAAGAAGGCCUUCGAUAGCGUGGAACUUCCAAUGAUAUGGAAAGCGUUGGAGCAUUUUGGUGUAGAGGAGAACUUGAUAAUGGCCAUACAGCUGCUGUAUGCACACAGUACCGCUGCCGUCAGAAUAGCGAAUCAACUAGCAGAGUUCAAUCUGCAGCGGGGUGUAAGACAAGGAGACUCAAUGUCUCCAGUUCUCUUCACAUUAGUUCUCCAGUACGCGCUGAAUCUGAUAGAUUGGCAGGGCAAAGGACUGAAACUAGGGAACAAAACCCUCUCGUACCUAGCUUAUGCUGAUGAUAUUUAUUUCGAACCCUAUCAGCACACAUGCAGUCUGCUCGCUGGGUUACGUCGAGGACAGCCGGGUUUGGCGGCAAGCAUCAAGCCCGACUUCCAAACCAAUUCUCUCUUCUCCACUCCUUCUUCCUCGUCUUCGGAGUCGGUAAAGGUAGAAGUUGAACCGGACAGAGGUAGUGAUGAACUGGACAGCAACUUCACCUCUUUGCUUCAUCGGUUCACAGCUCUCCACUAUGCAGCUAAAUAUGGUCAUGUGAAAGCUGUCGAGCUGUUGCUAAACAGAGGAGCAAACAGUUGA